GGCUAAUUAAAUAAAUCUGGGACGAGAGCAUUCUGCAGAAGAAUUCCAAAUAAUUUAUGUAGCUACUUUGCCCUCAAAGAGGUAGAGUAUAAUCCCCUACUCCUUAAAGGGUGGGCUGUGCAUAGUGACUUCUUUCCAGAGGGAACAGAGGGAUAAAGACUAGUUUGCAGUGGAGAAGUGUGAAUCUUAGCCAGGUGAUCAAGGUUAACAUCAACAGUGAAGGUCAUGUUGAUACUAUAUGCCCUUGAUGUGAUCUGAUGAGGAUGGUACUUUACCUGUAGUCUUCCAAAAACCCAUAAGCCCAAUCUGAUAAUGAGAAAAAAAAUUUUAGAAAAAUCCCAAAUGAGAGACAUUCUACAAAACACUGACCAGGAUUCCUCAACACCAUCAAGGUCAUCAAAAAUCAGGAAAGUCUGAGAAAUUGUCACAGUCAAGGAGACGUGACAACUGAAUUUAACGUGGUGUCCUAGAUGAGACUUCCGAACAGAAAAUGGACAUUAGGUAAAAGCUAAGAAAAUCUGAGUCAACUGUGGACUUUAUUAAUAUUGAUGCACUUGUUAACCACUCACCUGAAGGAGUGGGGAUUGGGAUUGUUUUAGGAUGGGUUAACUGGCACAGCUGGCUGUCCAGCUGUCCAUACCAGUUUGUGCUCCAUUCAUUCACUUCUUCACUCGUGCAACAGAUGUUAGGUCCUUACUGUAAGAAGAACACUGGUUUAGGAGGCACGGAUAAAUGAGUGUCAAACAGGAUUUGCCCUCUUGGAGACAGCUAGAGAAUAAAUCAUAACUACAUAUGGAACAGGUGCUGUGAAAAUAAAAUAGAUGUUACUCAGUUGGGGGUGGGGUUUCCACUCAAAGAUCACUAUUAACCAACCUAGAGCCACAGGACUGGAUUAAACGUUUAAACAAUUCUGAUAUAGACUAGAGUCAGUUCCCUUGCAAAAUGCUUGCUGAUGUGCUGUUGGCAAUACAGAGAGUGUACAGGCAGGAGUAUUCUGGUCCAUUGAGGCCUGUCUACUUGAAUGCUUAAAGUACACAUGUACUGGAUUUACUCAAUGUGUAUCAGUAACCACAUGGAUGCUGGGGACAGAGGCAAAUCCUACAAAAUCCUUGUUCUCCCAGAGGUCAGCUGGAGAAACUUUCCUAUAAAUGAAUUAUUACAAUGCACGAAAAGCCAGCCGUUUGGAAACAAAGCACUCUUCCUCACAAGACGUGCCAAACUGAAUUCUAAACUGUUAAAAGAUUUAAGUGUGAAAAAAUGAAGGCAUAGUGAUUGCUAUUUGUAAAGAUGUGAAGAAGAGGUUUCUAAGUAUGACAUCAAAGGCAGAAACCAUAAUUUAAAAAAAUGAAAACACGUCCAAAAUAAGCCACAUUAAAAAGCAACAGUCAACUGUAGAAAAAUAUACCUAAGAUGAGGUAUAUAUUGUUAAUAUACAAAGGACACUAAGAGAUGGUAGAAGAGUGACCAAAAGACAACGUGUUAGAAUGCAAAGGAUCAAUAAACACAAAAUAUUCAAGCUCUAUAACAAAUUAAAACAGCAGGAAAAUCCCAUUGCCUAUCUGACUGGCAAAGAGUGGAAGAAAAAAAAGGGAAGAGGUACGAAAAGGAGGAGAAAACGCUCUCCCAGCGCUCCACCUCACACAGGCCUUGGGAGCCCUGGAAGGGCACUGGGAUUUCCGGGUCGGAACUUCCGUGCCCUUUGACCCGGAAGUGCGGGCGGACAGGGCGGUACCGAGGCGGGCGUGCUUCGCGACAGAGCCGUAAAGGCGCGUGGGAGCGAAGCAUGGCGCUGUACGCGACGGCGGCGUCUGUGCUGGCGGGUGUGGAAAGCCGACGGGGCUCCAUCAAGGCGCUGGUGUACGCCAGCAGCUUCCAGAACGUGAAGCAGCUGUACGCGCUCGUGUGCGAGACGCAGCGCUACUCCGCCGUGCUGGACGCCGUGAUCGCCAGCGCCGGCCUCCUCCGCGCCGAGAAGAAGCUGCGGCCGCACCUGGCUAAGGUGCUAGUGUAUGAGUUGUUGUUGGGGAAAGGCUUCCGAGGGGGCGGGGGCCGAUGGAAACCUUUGCUGGACCGGCACCAGGCAAGGCUGAAGGCUGAGCUGGCCCGGCUCAAGGUUCAGCGCCGUGUGAGCCGCAACGAGGAUCUGUUGCAAGUGGGAUCCAGGCCUGGCACAGCCUCCCAGGUGCCUCGAUUUGUGCGGGUGAACACUCUCAAGACCAGCCUUGAUGAUGCAGUUGAUUACUUCAAGAGGCAAGGUUUCUCCUAUCAGGGUCGGGCUUCCAGGUCUGGCUUUCUCCAUCCCUUAACAUUGAUUCUCCUGGGAGUUCCAUCUUACGUUCUUCUAAUCGAGUGCCGGACUAAAUUCAUCUUCUCUCUGAACUUUGCACCUUCUUCUUUUUUAAUUGUUAAAUCCUGUUUAUUCAAAAUUCAAGACUUAGGAGAAAUCCUUCCAAAACACACUGACUGGCGUUUCGUGAGCGCCUCCCUUGUGCGGGCUGCUUUCCUAAGUGUCUCGGACGUAGUAACUCCGUCCUCAACGGCGACCGUGCCCCAGAAGCGCGAGGGGCAGCGCGAGAAACGUGGGGUCACAGCCCACGUCAUCGACGCCUGUGCCGCCCCCGGCAACAAGACCAGUCACUUGGCCGCUCUCCUCCAGAACCAGGGGAAGAUCUUUGCCUUUGACCUGGAUGCCGGGCGCCUGGCGUCCAUGGCUACCCUGCUGGCCCGGGCUGGGGUCUCGUGCUGCGAGCUGGCGGAGGAAGACUUCCUGGCGGUCUCACCCUCUGACCAGCGCUACCGUCGGGUCCAGUACAUCUUACUGGAUCCUUCUUGUAGCGGCUCAGGAAUGCCAGCCAGACAGUUGGAGGAGCCCGGGGCAGGCACCCCGAGCAAGGCACGGCUGCAGGCCCUGGCCGGGUUCCAGCAGCGAGCACUGCGCCACGCGCUCACCUUCCCCUCCCUCCAGCGCCUGGUCUACUCCACGUGCUCCCUCUGCCAGGAGGAGAAUGAAGAUGUGGUGCGCGACGCCCUGCAGCAGAACCCAGGGACCUUCAGGCUAGCUCCCGUCCUACCCUCCUGGCCCCACCGAGGCCUCGGCACUUUCCCCGGGGCUGAACACUGCCUCCGGGCCUCCCCCGAGACCACGCUCACUGGUGGCUUCUUUGUUGCCGUUCUGGAAAGGGUAGAGGUGCCGAGCUCAGUCCCGCAGGCUGAAGCAGCGGCGCCCGAACCCACACCCAGCGCAGCCCCGCGGAGGAAGAGACGGCGCCAGGCCGUGGCUCCUGGCGCGCAGCCCCGCACACAGCCCCGCACACAGCAGGUCCGCAGGGCUUCUCCUUCUCGGGUGGGGAGGAAGAGCCCGCUCCUCCCCGCAGCUCAGCCAGCAGGUUUUUGAAAGGUUUUUUUUAUUGCUUUAGAAAGGAAAGCGGUAACCCUGAAUCUCCAGUGGGGGACAGAGUGGAUUUCCUCGUCCUCUGGGUCCCUUCCCGGGGCCGUGUUCCUGCUGGUGAGAGAAUUCUGCCCACAGAAAUAAAAGGCGGGACACGGAAUACGAUAGA